CCCCUUCCCCACUCUCUCCUCCCUUUCGUCUUUAGUAACCCAUCCUAGCAUUAACCAACUCCCCCACACCACCCCACACGUACACAUUCCCCCAUUGCCAGCUGUCUGGUUGUAUUUGAGGUUGGGUUUGAAACUGGUGGAAAGAGAGGGGAAUGUGUCCUUACAGCAGUAAAGCACCAGUGUUCUUAUGCAGAACCAGGAAUCUGUGAAGAUAUAACAUGGUUAUCAAGCUAUUCUUUCCAAGUUGCUGCCCUGAAGCAGAAAGUGGCCUCCUAAUAGGUCGUUGGAUUCCAGAGCAGAAUGCUGCAGUUGUCCUGGCAAUUAUUCACUAUCCUUUCAUCCCUGGCCAGGUGAAACAGUGCCUUGAGCAGAUCAGAGCUCUAACUAAUGUAGAUGUUUCUGUGCUCGGAUCUUGGAACAGCCAUAACUUUCGGGCAAAAGAAGACCUUGGCCAGUUUCUGGAAGACCUGAGUUCAAUCUUUCCCCAUGAUCUGUGGUUCCAGUUGACACAGGGGAAAGAGAGAACAUCAGUUUUUGACUAUGAAGUGGUUCAAAAAGGCAAAAAGAACAACAAGAAAAAUGUCAUCUUAAUCCACUAUGAUCAACGCAAGGUGAUGCUGUCAAAAUUGCAUCCUCUGGACACUAAAAUUCCAGAAGAUGAUAAUCAUGCUGGAGUGAUGUCAGAAGUUAUUACCUCAGACUUUGCCACAAUAUUUGAAACUGUCGCUAAAUGCGAGUUGUUUUUUGUGAUUGAUAAGUAUGAUGAAACAGUGAUUAAGUUUACUCACUGGCAGUCAGAAGGAAGAGAAGCUAGUGUUGUUGUGGAACUUUUGAAACAAGCAUCAGUUCCUGCGUGUGUGGUACUUUCCUUCCUGCUGUCUUUUAUAUCCAGUGUCUGCAAAAGCAGAGUGUUAAACAUGUGGCCUCUGUGUUUUUUAUGGAGUAAACUCUCAACCUGUGUGCAGCUUGCACAUCGCUUGGAUCACUUGCAAACUAUCGCAACAACUGCAAAAGCACAGAGUCACUCGGAGUUUAUGAGAAAAGCCAACCUGUUUGUUUCAUUCUUAAUUGAUGUGGCUCUUGGAUUGUUGUUGAUCUCCUGGCUUUAUGAGAAGAAUCGAAUUGGCCAGUUGGCGGAUGCCCUUGUUCCAGUUGCUGAUCAUGUUGCAAAGGAGUUGCAGGAACUGCUAGAGUGGCUGAUGGGAGCUCCUGCUGGUUUAAAGAUGAACAAAGCACUUGACGAAGUGCUGGGACGCUUCUUCCUGUAUCACAUACACCUUUGGAUAAGUUAUAUCCAUCUGAUGUCUCCAUUUAUUGAGAUGAUCCUGUGGUACGUUGGAUUAGCAGCAUGUCUUGGUUUGACUGUCGCCUUGUCCAUUGUUUCAGACAUCAUUGCUCUGCUGACUUUUCACAUCUACUGCUUUUAUGUAUAUGGGGCCAG